AUGCAUCCCUGCUAUGAAUCAGGCAAUACUACUUACUCCUUUACAAAAAACCCUUCCAUUGCAUGUGUAGUAUUGUAUAUUUUUCUUGGUUCAUUGUCUGUUGUCACAAUAUGUGGAAACCUUCUUGUAAUAAUUGCCAUCAUUUAUUUCAAACAGCUCCACAUGCCUACUAACUAUCUCAUCCUGUCUCUGGCAGUGGCUGACCUGUUUGUAGGAAUUUUGGUUUUCCCUUUCAGCAUGGCCUUCACUAUUACCUCCUGUAUGCAUCAUGAAGAUUUAUUUUGCAAAAUACGUGAUAGCUUUGAUGUAUCACUGUGCACAUCCUCUAUUCUGAACUUGUGCUGCAUUUCCAUCGAUAGAUAUUACGCAGUGUGUCAGCCUCUGACAUACAGAACAAAAAUAAAUGCUCAAGUUACGAUGAUUAUGAUCCUGACCAGCUGGGGCAUUUCUGUUUUAAUUGGAAUUUGCAUUAUAAUUGCAGGAUUCAGCCAAGGUAUUUGUGAAAAAAUGUGCACUGUUGAUAUUGUAAUAGCAAACACUAUGGGACCUGUUUUCUCAUUUUACCUUCCAGCAAUCAUAAUGCUUUGUAUCUACCUAAAGAUUUUCAUUGUUGCACAGAAACAAGUAAACAGCAUCCAAAAUGCAAUCAGUCAGAGCACAAAGUCUGGAGCAGCUGAGAGUAAGGUACAGAGAAAGGCCACGAAAACACUGGCUAUUGUAAUGGGAGUGUUUCUUUUAUGUUUGAGUCCUUACUUUAUUUGUGUUGUCUUUCAGCCUUUAGCUCAUAAACCUCCACCGAGCCUUGUGACUGAAACACUUAACUGGCUUACAUUGUCUAAUUCAAUGCUAAAUCCAUUAAUUUAUGCUUUCUUUUACAGCUGGUUCAGGUCAGCUUCCAGAAUGAUUGUUUCUGGAAAAAUAUUCCACUGUGAUUUGGCUAACUCAAAAUUGUUUUAA